CAAUCCGUGCUGAACGCCAUCUUGAAUCCAGUGUAGUUUUCUCUCUGAAUGAGGAGAGAGCCAGCCAGCGCUCUGGGAUUGAGAAGGAGGAGGGGAAAGUCUCUCGACGUUAUUUGCAGCAGGUUGGCGGCCGAAAGUGUGAAAUAAUCCCAGAAGACAGUGGUGUGUGAGGACGGGGACUUGUGGGAGCUGUUUAUGAGGAGGUUUUGGAGCAGCUUGUGGAAGGAGAUCGGAACGAGCCCGGUCGGAUUGGCUUCAGCUGAUAACGUACUUUUUCCUCGGCUGCGUGGAAAGAGAGAGAGAGAGCGGUGUUAGCCUGCCUGAAGGCUAAAGGCACUCUGGAAACUAACCUUAAGGGUUUUAACGGGUGACUGUACGGAUCUGAGAAUUUGUACCGGUCUGAAGCAGUAUUUAUAGGAUUUUGAGACCGAAACACUUCUGAGGUGACAUUCUUGUGUGAUAUUCAAGCCUAUAGGAUUUGGGACAUAACUAACCAGCUAACUACAUUGCUAGUUACCUGUGUUUUUUGGCCGUGUUUUUGUUUUUAAUCUUCGGUUUUCACACAAGGAUGAUAUUGAUUUAUCCGUGUGGCCAGAACCACCACCACCACCUUCCUCCUCCUCAUCAUAAUAAUCACCAUCAUCAUUAUCCUCCUCGGGUGGGAAAAUUUAAGGAACUCUAUCAAGAUUAUUAAACUGAGAGAGUUUGUGUGCUGUUGACUGUUAGGUAGCUUUAGCUAGGUUAGUUGUUGCUCUAAGUUGCUCUCAUUUUGGACAGAAGCUAAUUAUCUAGCUAAGAUAGAUUAAAUAGUUAGCUAACUACAUUAGCUAACCAGUAGUUACACCAGAUCCUGCUAUUUCUGAGGUGCAUUUAUGAACUUGCAACUCAACAACUGACUGAAAUAGAUAACCUAGGUUAGCUAGCCCUCUAGCUAGCAAGGUUUUGUUUUAUUAUUUAUCUCAACAAGCUAAGAUACACAUUUAUGAAAUAUUUCUGAUGGUGGAACCUCAGUUUUAAAGCGCUUGUUUUUUUGUUCAAAAUGUUUUCCAGUCAGAAUGUAUCCUACAUAAAGGAGAAAAAUAGCUAGUUAGAUAACGUACCUAUCUUAUCUGGUCAGUUUUCAUUAAAAGGUCAUUACAUUCAGAUUUUCACUUUUGUCUAAUCCAAGAAAGAAUAAAUAAGAGGUUCUAAGAAAGAAAAAAAAAACUAAGGAUGUUAACUGGAGAGGAGCCGCUCAUCCUGGGGAACACCUUCCAUCCUCCUGCUAAAAGCUCUGGCUCUUUCUGCGUGUUGGUGUUUUCAUUCAGCAGCGUUUGACAACCUUUUGACUAUUGCCUGGAGAGACACCAUCUAUCUAACUAUAAACUGACGGAUUUAACGUUACUCCAGUAAAGGGACGUGCUGGGCUUGGGACUAAGCAUGGGGUCUGCUACUAAGCUCGCCUUGGCCGUGUUCCUCUUCUCCUGCUCCUCAGGAGCGAUCCUGGGCCGCUCAGAAACGCAGGAGUGUGUGUUCUACAACUCGAGCUGGGAGAAAGAGCGGACGAAUCGAAGUGGAAUCGAGGUUUGUUCUGGAGAGAAAGAUAAACGGCGACAUUGUUUCUCCACCUGGAAGAACAACUCGGGAACCAUUGAGAUCGUCAAACAGGGAUGUUGGCUGGAUGAUGUCAACUGCUAUGACAGUGGUGAGUGCGUGGAGAGGAAGGACAGUCCUGAAGUGUUUUUCUGUUGCUGUGAGGGAAACAUGUGCAACGAGAAGAUUUACUACAGCCCGGACACACAAGCUGUUCAGACCACGUUAAAUCCCUAUCCGCCGAAGCCGGAGCUCUGCAGCACAUUGCUCUACUCGCUGGUGCCCAUCAUGGGCAUUGCUGCUAUCCUGCUCUUCUCAUUCUGGAUGUAUCGCCACCAUAAGUUGGCCUACCCACCCGUUCUUGUGCCCACACAGCACGCCUUUCAUAUAAUGAUAGAGGACCCUGGGCCGACUCCCCCUUCUCCUCUCCUGGGCCAAAAGCCGCUGCAGUUGCUGGAGGUCAAAGCCAGGGGGCGCUUUGGCUGCGUGUGGAAGGCUCAGCUACUCAACGAACAUGUGGCUGUCAAGAUCUUCCCCAUACAGAAUAAGCAGUCAUGGCAGAAUGAGUACGAGAUUUACUGUAUUAGUGGAAUGAAACACGAGAACCUUCUCAACUUCAUCGGAGCCGAGAAGAGAGGAAACGGCAUGGACAUUGAGCUGUGGCUCAUCACAAGCUACCAUGAGAAGGGCUCCUUGACUGAUUACCUAAAGGCUAAUGUGGUAUCCUGGAACGAGCUGUGCCACAUUGCGCAGACGUUCGCGAGGGGUUUGGCGUAUCUGCACGAGGAUAUCCCUGGACUUAAGGAUGGUCAUAAGCCGGCUAUUGCACACAGGGAUAUAAAGAGUAAGAAUAUACUGAUGAAGACUAAUUUGACUGCCUGCAUUGCUGAUUUUGGCCUUGCGCUUAAAUUCGAGGCAGGGAAGUCUGCGGGUGACACUCAUGGACAGGUGGGCACUCGGCGCUACAUGGCUCCAGAGGUGUUGGAGGGAGCUAUAAAUUUCCAGCGAGACGCCUUCCUGAGGAUCGACAUGUAUGCUGUGGGACUUGUGCUGUGGGAACUGGCAUUCCGUUGCACUGCUGCUGACGGUCCAGUUGAUGAAUAUGCAUUGCCGUUUGAAGAGGAGGUGGGGCAGCACCCGUCAUUAGAAGACAUGCAGGAAGUCGUCGUACACAAGAAACUCAGACCCACCCUAAGAGAGUACUGGCAGAAACACACGGGACUGGCCAUGCUGUGCGAGACCAUCGAGGAGUGCUGGGAUCACGAGGCGGAGGCACGGCUCUCGGCCGGCUGCGUGGAGGAGCGCAUCAUCACUAUGCAGCGACAGACCAACCUCAUCGCCCCCGACGACAUCCUCACCGUCGUCACAAUGGUGACCAACCUGGACUACCCGCCCAAGGAGUCCAGCCUAUGAUGCAGCACGUCGUCCAGACACGCACCAAUCAGACUGCAGCAACCGGACGACGUAGCGCGUGAUGCGUGUGUGACCUGGGGUGCGUCAGGAGCCAAUGACCUCUAGCCCCAGGUGUGUGUUUAAGUGUGUCUACGUGUGUUCAAGUGUGUGUUUGUGUAUUUGAGACUAUUUACAGACUCAUUCCAGACUCUGCACUGAUGAUGGAGAGAAAAAAGGAAACACUUCAGACGUUCGUGAAACGAAACAAACACACACACACAUGGAAACACACACACAAACACACACAUGGAAACACAAACACACACAAAGAUGUGUGCAAAGGACCUUCACAACGGAGGCUCAAGGAAGUCGCCGUUUGCACCAAAACUGUUCUUUUCUACAAGCGGGAGAUUCCUUGAUAUUUUUUUUUUUUUUGGUUGUUUUUUUUUUUUCUUGUUUUCUUCUCUUCUUUACUUUUCACUAUUUCUUUUUUUUAAGAGUGAAAAAAAAUUAUCACAAGCAAGAAAAAAAACGAAACAAAAGUUUGAUUUUUCAGAAAGGGCAACACUCUUCAAACUGCAUUGGCUUUGUUUUUUUCGUGUUUAUUUUCCUUGGCGUGUUUCUAUAAAUGAUUAUUGCAAUGCCAAUAAGAAACCGCUUCUGAAUGUCCAGUGUACUACUGCUUUUCACACACACACACACACACACACACACACACACACACAAUAAAAAACAGAGGCUGCUUUUCCAUUGCAGGGCCAAAAAGUUCUGAGCUCGGAGGAAAACCGUUCCACAUGUCAGAUGAGGCAAGUUGCCAGCAUGGUAUUGCUACAACAGCGAUGUUGGACUAUUUACGAGAUACUAAGUCAUAAUUAUAAAAUACUAAGUCAUAAUUAUGAAAUAAUUCACCAGAGUUAGUUCCAACCCUGCUAUGUGACUGGCUGAAAGGCAUUCUAUGAGUACCGUUAUUAGCCAGUAAUGCACUGUAACCGAAGCUCUCCAUGUAUUACUCCGCCACAUACAGGUAACCUAGCAAUGAUGCAGCGCUUACAAACCAAACAGAGCAGCAAUGGAAUUCGGUUUGUAACCAAACAGAUAGAAUUUUCUCGUCCUCCUUAAAUUAAAAUCUUUCAAUAUACAGUGAUAAUGGUGGAACUGUGGUAUUAUUACACAAUUAUACAAUCGAGGUUCAUGCUAUAACAUGUAAAAUUUGCACUGUGCCAAUAUUACACAUUAUAACACUCCCUCCCAUGCAUUAUUGCUUAAGUAAGUCAAAACUAUGAGAUAUUAAAUCAGAAUUUUGCAAUACUAAGUUAUAAUUGAGAUACUUAGUCAUAAUUAUAAAAUACUUAGUCAUAAUUAUAAAAUACUAAGUCAUAAUUAUAAAAUACUAAGCCAUUUUUAUGAGAUAAUAUGGGAGUAUUAUCUCAUAAUUAUGAUGUAUUUCAUAGUUAUGACUUAGCAUCUCAUGAUAAGGACUUAGUAUCUCAAAAUUAUGACUUAGUAUUUCAUAGUUAUGACUUUAGCACCUUAUGAUUUUGACUUAGUAUCUCGUAAUUAUGACUGAGCAUCUUAUAAUUGUGAGUUAGCAACACAGCAGAUGGAAAAAGAAACCAAAGCUGGGUCAUAACUGUAGCCAGGUUAACAGGUUCGCACCAUUUAGCCCUGCAGUGAAAAAGUAGCUGAGCAGUAGUCAGAUCUGCUGGGGAAUCGUUUCACAGCGCUGCAGCAUCAGAUCAAGCAUAGACCUCCUUCAACCAGGUAUACCUCAGUUCACCAUAUGCUCCGCCCCUUUUCCACCACGCAACACAGAGCUACUGUAACUGAGAGCCAGCCUCUCAGAGAAGCAGCUGGUCCUGCUCAGGCUGAACAGGAUCAAGCCAAAUACACACACACACACACACACACACACACACACACACACACACAUACAGCCAUACACACACCGGGCCUGGGGGGGAACUGCAGAGUGUAAGAAUUCCAACCAUUUCACGUCCACCCCCUGGAGUCACACAGGAAGCUGAAGGAGUCAAUUGAAGAGAGAUGAUUUGGUCAUGAAAACCUGCGAAAAUACAUUUGGUAUUUAAAAUUCAGCUUUUGUUUUUGUACAAAAGUUUAAAUUUAAAGAGAGACGGAUUUUAAAUUCACAACAUCUUUAUUUUUUAUUACCCAUGGCUUGAAAGGAGUUUUUGUUUCCUAGUUAAAAUGAUUGGAUAUUUGUUGAAGUAAAUAUUGGUGAACAUGUAAAGGCAAUAGACCGGUGAAAAUGCUCCAAAGAAUGUACCUUAAAAACACUAUAAUGUGAAAAUGGAUAUUUUUACCAUUUUAUAGUAUCAUCACAAUGAGCAU